GUUACCAACUUUAAACGACUUACAAGAAAAAGAGCUUUGCAAGAGAAAUAAAGAAAAUGGAGGACUUGCAAACUCUGGCGAAGCAAUGGUUGCACCAAGGAAUUGAGUUUGUUCAAUCAAAAGAGACGACUAAACUUUUUAAUGCCACUUAUGUUCUAUUUCUAGCGAUCAUUAUGCUAUUUUUUGAUCGCUUGUUCAGACCUAAGAAAACCAAUAUAGUACUCUUCUCUGGUUUAAGCGGAAGUGGCAAAACAGUGCUCUUCAAUCGACUCCGAGAUAGAUCUUCGCAUCGGGGCGUUGUAACGUCAAUGGAACCGAACGAAGGCACCUCUGUGCUUCACACUAAACUCACUAUGAGUGGAAUAACAAAACCUGUUCAUCUUUUGGAUGUUCCUGGGCGCUCUCCUAAGCUAGAAGAAUACUUGCCUCUAGCAACCGCUCUUGUGUUUGUCGUAGAUGCGAUGGAUUUUCUCCCAAAUUUUCGGGCAGCUUCAGAGUACCUUUACGACAUUCUGACCAAUGCGAGCGCUGUUACAAAUAAGAUCCCGGUUCUGCUUUGCUGUAACAAGACAGAUAAAUUAACUGCAUACACCAAAGAUUUCAUCAGCAAGCAGAUGGAGAAACAAAUAGAGAAACUUAGGGUUUCGAGGAGCGCAAUAUCAACAGCGAAUGACUUCACUCUCGGGAUUAAAGGAGAAGUGUUUUCCUUUUCGCAUUGCCAAAACAAAGUCACCCUCGCUGAGUCAUCUGGACUAACAGGAGAAACAGAUCAGGUACAAGAGUUCAUCAGAGAACACUUCAAGCCUUGAGAACCAAAAUGUGUGAGCAUCUCAAAGAACACACUUAAAUGUCUUCUCAUUUUUUGAUCUGCUUCUCAUCUCAAAGAAUUGAGUUUGAUAUUUGUUGGAGGAUUUUUGGAUGUUGAAAACGUGUUUAGUGCAUGCAUUGACUAGA